AUGUCGGACAAGGCCCAGAACCCCAUGAGGGAGCUCAAGAUCCAGAAGCUCGUCCUCAACAUCUCCGUCGGUGAAUCUGGUGACAGAUUGACCCGUGCCGCCAAGGUCUUGGAGCAGCUGUCCGGUCAGACUCCCGUUUACAGCAAGGCCCGCUACACCGUCCGUACCUUCGGUAUCCGCCGUAACGAGAAGAUCGCUGUCCACGUUACCGUCCGUGGCCCCAAGGCCGAGGAGAUCCUCGAGCGUGGCCUCAAGGUCAAGGAGUACGAGCUCCGCAAGCGCAACUUCAGCGAGACCGGCAACUUCGGCUUCGGUAUCAGCGAGCACAUCGAUCUCGGUAUCAAGUACGACCCCGCCAUCGGUAUCUACGGCAUGGACUUCUACUGCUGCAUGACCCGCCCCGGUGAGCGUGUCAGCCGCCGCCGCCGCUGCAAGGGCAGAAUCGGUGCUUCCCACCGCAUCAACCGUGACGAGACCGUCAAGUGGUUCAAGUCGCGCUUCGACGGCAUUGUCCGAUAA